UUUACCCGUCACUGUUGAUACCGUCAGUGAAAUCUUCACAAACAUAACACUCUUUUCUUAUUCUCGAUAUUUUAUUUUAAAACCUAAAAACAAUAAAUUACCGAUAAACACAUUUACAACACUACACCCAAUUUCGGUAUAUAGUUUUAUUAUGGUCAUACUUUUCUCAGUAAUGCCAACUGUAGACGCCAAGUUGUCAAAAAAGGCAAAAUGGCCGAAGGAAAGGAAUAAAGACUCCUUCGAUUUAUAAAGUUAUUUUAAACAUGUUUUAAUUUACAUUGUGCGAUAGAGUUAAAUAAACUAGCGUCGAAAAUGAGGGAAAUAAAUAUCAAUAUAGAAGGAUACAAUGUGAACGGUAUAUGUGUCGGUUGUUUGAACUAUAAUCGUAAAAUGUUUUAUUGUAAUCAGAUAAAAGAAUGCUUCAAAUUACUUGGAGAUAUCGAUGUGCCUGAUGGUCUCCAAGUACAAGUUUGCUGGGAGUGCCUCGCUGCUGUCCAAGCAGCCCUUCGGUUCAGAAACCUCAUUGUUGACUCCUACAAUGUCCUCAUUAAUUACUCUCAGAAGCACACAUUCCUCAACGCUCCGUCAGACCUCUCCAUCCACUCCCGGCAGCGCCUCAAUGUCACCAAGCCGGAGGUCUCUGAGCUGCAGGACCAGGUGCAGAUAGAGGUGGAUGUCAGCGUAGUUAAAGAAGAAACUAAGGAAGAAUUCGUUGAGGAAACGGAACCAAUGAAAUCCGAGACAGAUUACUUUGACAAUACCAAUUACCCUGAUGCUGCUGAACCAGAAUCCUCAGAGGAUGACGUGCAGCUGUCCAAGCUGAAGAGGAAAAAGGACAGAAAGACAAAAAAGGUCAAGAAGAAGAGAGAGGAACGACAGAGGGCGCAGGAAGUAAAGAUUAAGACUGAUGAAAUAAAAACGGAGAAGGACCGGCAACGCAGCCUCCGCAAGCUCAAGAAUCUGCCAACCGACCUGGUGGAGUUGUACACCAUGACCGAAGCGGAGAUGUGGGAGGUCAGGGCGGAGGACGUGAGCAGCGCAGAGUUCUGUGCCCUCAAAUACAAGUGCUCGGACUGUGUUAUCGGGUUCAACUCGGAGAGGCUUAUGCAGGACCAUAUGCAAGGGAAGCACGUUCCGAAAAGCCCGUCGUGCCACCAGUGCGACGUGUGCCGCGCGUACUUCCUGACGCGCGACAACGUGUCGUCGCACCGCGCGCUGCACGGCGCCGCGUACCGCUGCUCGGCGUGCGGCGCGCGCACGGCGCUCAAGCGGCGCAUGCUGGCGCACGCGCGCGCGCACCGCCACCAGCCCGUCACGUGCCACACGUGCGGGGAACAGUUUAGUACAAAAUCGAAAUUAUCCUACCACAGAGGAGUCUGCAACCAAGCAAGACCCCAAUGUGACUGCUGCGGGAAAGUAUUCGCCAACAAGAUGACGCUCAAGUACCAUCUCAAGAUCCUGCCUCAAAACAAAGAAGAUAAACCUAAAGAGAAGCUGUACAUAACGUGCAAGGGCUGUGACAAAGUCUUCCACUCCAAGAAGAGUUACCGAGCGCAUGUCGUGAUACACGACGGCCUGACGUACCCAUGCCCCAUUUGCGGGAAACUGUUCCAGUGGAAGCGGAACCUGGCGCGCCACACCAGGAACCACAGAGACCGCGACGCAGGCGCCACACACGAGUGUCGCGACUGCGGCAAAACGUUCAGCUCACGGGACUGCUACAACAACCACAUGAAACUGAGCAAGCGGCAUGUUCAGGAGGAUGCUUAUGUGCACGAAUGCUCCUACUGUGGGAAGAAAUUCGCAACAAAAUGGUGCAUGGUGGACCACAUAGACUGGGACCAUCUCAAGCGGAUCAAGUACCAGUGCAGCGUCUGUUUCAAAGCAUUUAAAACGGCUAAGAUAAUGGUGGCACAUAUGAAUAAUAUUCACGAGGGUAAGAAAAAUCGGGAGCCGGAGGGUGAACAUCUUUGCGAGAUCUGCGGCAAAUCUUACAAGACGGUGAAGCGACUGAAAGGCCACGUGUGGGCGAUGCACACGAACCGCUCCACAACAAAAAGCUUCAAAUGCAAGCUCUGUCCCGCCACCUUCACCUGGCAGACCUCCAUCUACAAGCACGUCAAGAUGAUGCACGACAAGCGGCCCAAGCAAAUCCGUCCUGUACCCGCCAAGAAAGCGGAGUUCCCCGGCGCAGAGUACUUCCAGCAGCCCGCCGGCCUCGCGCACCUGCCGCUGCACAACAUCGUCCAGAACAUCGUAUAGGACGUGCUGUACACUAACGGCUUUCUACUUUUCUAAGCUGUCACGCACGCAUGUCUAAGCAUCAAGCCGUGAGGGCUACGGGAGAUUGAAACCGAUGGAGACAAAUUACAAGAACUGCAAAACCAAGUGGUUACGAUCCUCAGUAAUGAGGGAUCGACACAAGAAAGGCUGUUAUCUGUGGACCUCACGAACCCCUAUUUUACCAUUUUAGAAAUUUUGCAAUAACUAAAUGGACAUAAAAUCAAUGUAAUCAUCGAGUCUGGCCACAAAUUUUCUCGAGAAUCGAUUGAAAUGCUACCUAUACAGAAAAACAGCCGGGACAGCUGCAAAAGCAUCCUAAAGAAUCUCGCAAUCGGCCAAAUACCCCUACACAAUAUAGAUCAGAACAUCGUAUAGGACGUCCUGUAGAACAUGCUACACUUGUCCCAUAGCGAGUACUUCCAGCCACCCGCCAUCGCCCACAUAACCCUACACAAUAUCGUAUAGGACGUCCUGUAGAACAUGCUACACUUUUCCAAUAGCGAGUACUUCCAGCAACCCGCCAUCGCCCACAUAACCCUACACAAUAAUAGUCCAUAACAUCGUAUAGGACAUCCUGUAGAACAUGCUACACUUGUCCCAUAGCGAGUACUUCCAGCAACCCGCCAUCGCCCACAUUACCCUACAUAAUAUAGUCCAGAACAUCGUAUAGGACAUCCUGUAGAACAUGCUACAGUUGUCCCAUAGCGAGUACUUCCAGCAACCCGCCAUCGCCCACAUAACCCUACACAAUAUAGUCCAGAACAUCGUAUAGGACAUCCUGUAGAACAUGCUACAGUUGUCCCAUAGCGAGUACUUCCAGCAACCCGCCAUCGCCCACAUAACCCUACACAAUAUAGUCCAGAACAUCGUAUAGGACGUCCUGUAGAACAUGCUACACUUGUCCCAUAGCGAGUACUUCCAGCAACCCGCCAUCGCCCACAUAACCCUACACAAUAUAGUCCAGAACAUCGUAUAGGACGUCCUGUAGAACAUGCUACACUUGUCCCAUAGCGAGUACUUCCAGCAACCCGCCAUCGCCCACAUAACCCUACACAAUAUAGUCCAGAACAUCGUAUAGGACGUCCUGUAGAACAAGCUACACUUGUCCCAUAGCGAGUACUUCCAGCAACCCGCCAUCGCCCACAUAACCCUACACAAUAUAGUCCAGAACAUCGUAUAGGACGUCCUGUAGAACAAGCUACACUUGUCCCAUAGCGAGUUCUUCCAGCAACCCGCCAUCGCCCACAUAACUCUACACGAUAUAUUCCAGAAUUUCGUAUAGGAUGUCCUACAGCACAAUCGAUAGGACAAAGUUCGAAAUCUCUAGUACAGUCCUGAAAUUUGGUUUAUAUAUUAAUAAAGGUCCUGUUUUCAUGGCCACUAUUAUGCAUACCUUACUAGGAUUUUGGGAAAACCAAAAUCAACGGUAAUUAUUGAAAAACAUUCAACCAUUAAAUGCUGUCCCCCAUCGAAUAACGACAGAAUUUACCAGUGAUCUAAAAUUAUACGUGUAGAAUAUUUAUUUUAAAACUUUAUUUUUUUACUCCACAAUAAUAUCUUAGCUUUACUUUAUACAGUAUUUUAUUGCCAUAAUAAUGUAAUUAACUCUAAGGAUUGAAUUAUAGUUUUUAUACAAAUUAAAAGCAAUACUGAAAAAUAA